GAGAGGUGACAGGGAAGCGCGGUCUUCCUCUUUCCCCGCCUCCCCCGCCGUUCGCAGCCAACGGGAAGGCUCUGUACUACGGGGUGUGGAGGGGACGGCGCCGUGGGUAGGUCGCGAGUCUAGGGAAGCGGCGGGAAGUUCGUACUACGCUGUGGACCGCGAGUUGGCCGCUCUGGGUAGGGAGCCGUGGGGUGGUGGCGGGACUAUAGGUCCGGUGUUGCUUCAGGGCGGCGCCGCGGCUGGGUCCGGCCUGCCCGGGAAUCCUCGCUUCUCUGCCCGAUCGCGGAGCUGCCGGAAGCCCGGUUCUAGAAGGCCGCCCGAAGCCUAGCCGGGACCAGGGUGGCGGGGACGGGGACGGGGACGGGGACCUGGACCGGCCGAGCCUGCCACUUCCUUAGCACUGGUGAGGUGAGGCCUCGGGGCACAGCCGCGGCCGGCAGCUUCUCGUUUCCUUCCAAGCUUGCUCCUCAGGUCUCCACCGCCGGUGACCGGGCUCCCGGUGCAGUGUCUUCAGAGGCAGCAAACAGUGAAGAUGCCCCGUGUAAAAGCAGCUCAGGCUGGAAGACCCGGACCUGCGAAGAGGCGCCUCGCAGAGCAGUUUGCCGCUGGAGAGGUCCUAACCGACAUGUCUAGGAAGGAGUGGAAACUAGGAUUGCCCAUUGGCCAAGGUGGCUUUGGCUGCAUCUAUCUGGCGGACACAAAUUCUUCCAAACCGGUUGGCAGUGACGCGCCCUGUGUUGUGAAAGUGGAACCCAGUGACAAUGGACCUCUUUUCACGGAAUUAAAGUUCUACCAGAGGGCUGCUAAACCAGAGCAAAUUCAGAAAUGGAUUCGUACACAUAAAUUGAAGUACCUUGGUGUUCCUAAGUAUUGGGGAUCUGGUCUACAUGAUAAAAAUGGAAAAAGUUACAGGUUUAUGAUAAUGGACCGCUUUGGGAGUGACCUUCAGAAAAUAUAUGAAGCAAAUGCCAAAAGGUUUUCUCGGAAAACUGUAUUGCAGCUAAGCUUAAGAAUUCUGGAUAUCCUGGAGUACAUCCAUGAGCAUGAGUACGUGCACGGGGACAUCAAGGCCUCCAACCUGCUCCUGAGUCACAAGAACCCUGACCAGGUAUAUUUGGUAGACUAUGGCCUUGCUUAUCGGUACUGCCCAGAUGGAGUUCAUAAAGAGUACAAGGAAGAUCCCAAAAGGUGCCAUGACGGCACCCUGGAGUUCACCAGCAUCGACGCUCACAAAGGCGUGGCCCCAUCAAGACGUGGUGAUUUGGAAAUACUUGGUUAUUGCAUGAUCCAGUGGCUCAGCGGCUGUCUUCCUUGGGAAGAUAACUUGAAAGAUCCUAACUACGUUAGGGAUUCCAAAAUUAGAUACAGAGACAACGUCGCAGCUUUGAUGGAGAAAUGCUUUCCUGAGAAAAAUAAGCCAGGUGAGAUCGCUAAGUACAUGGAGUCUGUGAAACUACUGGAAUACACCGAAAAACCUCUCUAUCAAAACCUACGUGAUAUCCUUUUACAAGGACUAAAAGCUAUAGGAAGUAAAGACGACGGCAAACUGGAUUUUAGUGCUGUGGAGAACGGAAGUGUGAAGACAAGACCAGCCUCAAAGAAGCGGAAGAAAGAAGCAGAAGAAAGCGCGGUGUGCGCUGUGGAGGACAUGGAGUGCUCAGACACACAGGUGCAAGAGGCCGCACAGACCCGAAGUGUGGAGUCCCAAGGAGCAAUACAUGGAAGCAUGUCUCAGCCAGCGGCGGGCUGCAGCAGCUCUGACAGUUCCAGGAGGCAGCAGCAUUUGGGAUUGGAACAAGACAUGCUAAGGCUAGACCGUAGGGGUUCACGAACCAGAAAGAAAGCCCAGAAGUAAACGAGAUUCCAGGAACCAUCUUCUCUGCCUAUUCAUUUGAUUUUUUUUCUCCUUUUCUGAUUUCUGUUUUAUUUUCAUGUGAGUCUUCUGGGGUGUUAGUAAUAAUUGAGUGGCUAUUUUUUAAAAAAACACUUUAUUAAAAUGAAUUUUUUGUGUACUUUACUGAAGGGUAAUUUAUAAAAUUCUGAAUCUUUAGUCGUCAUAACCCAUGUGGUCUGGGGCUCAGGCUGCUGUGCGAUUCCCAGACUGGACAGAGUGCUCAGCAGGCUCCUUGCUUUUAAGGAAUGAAGAACCUUUAGGUCUCUUUUGCUCGAUGUAGUAUACAAGUCGUUGUGACAAUAAAGUCUGGUCUACAUGGAUUCCGGUCUUUUACACAAGCGUUUAUUGAAUGCGUGCUGUGUGCACUAAGGAAGAAAGAGCACAGUAAGGUAUGGCCUGUCUGAGAGCAGCCCCACAGUCUAAAGUCAGAAGCAAGGAUGAGAAGCGGCAGGGUGCCCUUCAGGGGAGUCCUGUCAGUAGGGGGCAGAGCCUCCCCCACUUAGAUUUUUUGUUUUUAUAAGUUUAUUUAAGAGAAAUGAUAAUUUGUAAAACUCAAGUUCUCUAGAGAUGUUUGUUUUUGUUUUUUGUUUUGUUUUGGCUUUUGGGGAUUUGUUUUUUUGGUUUUCUCAGUCUGACUUGUAUAGACCAAGUGUUCUCAAACUCCUGGCCUGCCUGUGUCUGCCUCCCAAAGGCAGUAGCUGAGGGAUUGCGGCUAUGCUCUGCACGAGAGCAGAAGUGAUUACAGUCUGUAUGACAUCCUAGCUGCAGAGGUUACAUGCACCCCACACUAGCUGCAGAUAUGAUAGCUGUGCACCCCAUAUUAGCUACAGGGGUUACAGCUGUGCACCUUGCACUACCUGGAGAUAUUGCAGGCUCACACCUCACACUAGAAGCAGGGAUUAUCAUGUGUACCCCUUACACAUGGUUGGAAAACAAGAUACACAGAGUAUUUUCCAACUCUUUUGGAAAUAAAGCUCAGAAAAUUUAGCAUGUUUAUGAACAAUUUCAAGAGACCUUCCUCAAAAAUUACUCUUAGAGCAAUCAGGGUUGGGCAAAUGGGUAAGCAAGUUGGCUGCUGGCACCGUGUGUAUUGUGUUUUUGGGCAGCCGUGGUGUGUUCAGAAUAUACCUCACACGGCCUAGGACAGGCCUGAAGUCGUCACCUCAGUACUUAAGAGACUGGUUGCUUUGAAGACAGUUCUGUGUAAACCAUUGUGUGAUGGACAGGAGCAGCAACUGUGACUGGCUCCGCCCGUGGACUGUUGAGUCAUCACGUGACGUGGAAUAAGGCGCAGUCAGAAGCGGAUCGAGCUGCGCUGUGGCCCCAGAGGCUACUUUUCUCAGCGUCCCAGACUUCCCGUGGGCCCUAGGAGAAGGGGCCUAGAGACUUCUGUUUCCUUUAGAAUAUAGGGGGGUUGUAGUACAGAGUAGUGUGUCGGUUGGUCCCAAGUGUAUUUGUGACACCUAAAAUCAACUCCCAAGUUCUGUUUUAAACAUAUUCCUGCUUAAAAUAGGAUAAAAUGUGUGUGAUACGGUUUUGUCUGUAUACUGUAGCCUUUUUUUAAAAUUUUUUUAAAACACAAAACAGCACAACCUGUUGGUUAAAUAUUAAGAAAACAAAUAUUUCCUCACAUAUUGUUUUAAACAAGUGCUGACAUUUUCUCAAAUGUUACUAUAUUGGCAGGGCUACAUAAAUUAGUUAAAAGCUACUAGCCAGCAGUAGCCUGGUUGGUCGUCAGCUGGGCUCCUUGUUCUGCUGCGUUUUCAGUCCCUACGGAGGGAGCGUGGUUCUUCCUGGGCCAGCCGCGGCAGCGCCCACAGUUGUUGCUGAUUUCUGCCCUUUGCAGUUCCAUGAGUUUAUCUUCUUGCCAGUUCCUGAGCGAGUGUGCUUGCAUCCGCUCUUCUCCCUCGUCAUGGUGGUGCCCUUCCUGACCUGAUGUGCUCUGACUCUUCUGUCAGGCACAGGGUCCAGCAAUGGUAACCAGCAGCCCAGCUCUCCAUGUUCUCCGAUGGCGGUGGUUUCUUAAGACAACACCAUUAAACCAGAGCCAUAAACACACUCAUUUUCUUGAACUGCUGAGUUAGCUGUGCCCAUAUAGACUGAAGUUGCAUAGCAUGGCCUCAGUGUGCCCUUUGUCUCCGUGUGCCCGGGUACAUAAGCUGUAGAGUAUUGUAUUUUUGUUUUUAAUAUGUAUUAUGACUGGGGGUUUUUAAUAAUACACUGCCCUUGUUGAAGAUUUAAAAGAUACAGAAAGAUGUUGUAACUACCACUCUCAGCACAUAGUUCAUAGUCACACUUUGUAUUUUAUACUUUAUUUUAAAGCUUCAUAAACCACUCCACGAUCUCUUCUGUUUUUGUUUAUUUGUUUGUUUGUUUUCGAUACAGGGUUUCUCUGUGUAGCCCUGGCUGUCCUGGAACUCACUCAGUAGACCAGGCUGGCCUGGAACCCGUCUGUCUCUGCCUCCCACGUGCUGGGAUUAAAGGUGUACACCACCACACAAUGUUUUUAAUGUCCUAGUUCUUCAUGAACAUAGCAGUGUUAUCUGUGUGAAGUCAGUGUAGAAGUAGUGCAUCUUCUAGAUUUGUUAUCUUUUUAUAACCUUGCCUAACGUUGGACUCUAAAUGCUUACCAGUGUUUCACAUUAGAAACAAUGUCCUUUAACAAAAUUGGGCAGACAUUUUUGUCAACAUUUAUGACAGACAUUCCUUAGAUUUUAAAAAAAGUGGACACCAGGCCAAAGACUGAAUGUUGCUGAAUGCUCUGCACGCUCCUGUCCCAUUAACAUCUGUCCAUUAGCACUUGGCCAGCUUUGCCUGGUGGCAUCUAAUGCCGUGGACAGUUUGCGUCACACCUGCCUUUUCCCUGAGCCACCUUGUCCCCCACUAGUGAAGUCGAAUCCCAGAUAAGAUUAUUGGAAGAAGGGUUUUGGAAAAUAAUGGGGUCACCAGGCCGGGUCCUGCUGUGUGAGAUCAGUGCCUUUGUACGAGGAAGCAGAAGACGUGACCCUCCCCGUGUGUCACUCCAGUGGGAAUAGCAUCUUGUGCACGUGGCCUGGGACCGGAUCCCUGUUGUUUAAGCCUCUGGGUUUGUUCUAGCCUCAGUCAGGACAAGAUUGUUUUUCUGGUCAGGUGAGUUUGUUGUUACUGCUAGCUAAACAAUUCUGUAUUUGUAAAUUAGCUGUCCUGUCUUCUAUCCUGUGUGCUUGUAUAUGUUGCUUGUAGAUUAAAGACCAGAGACAUU